AUGGAUCCACAGCAACUGGAGAAAGACGGGGUCCAAGUACUUGAGCUUAUCAGGUCUUACUGGAACGGUUUAUUACGAAAGGAAUUCCCUGUUUUACCUGAUUUUCGUACAAUUACCCCUGGAUUUCUUGAUGAUGCACUGCCCCGGGAAGCACCGGAAGAUAGAGAGGACAUCGCAUUGAUAUUGGAAGAUUAUAAGAAAUUAAUAUUACCGGGAAUUGUACAUUGGCAACACCCGGACUUCCACGCCUUCUAUCCUAUGGCUUGCACAGCCCCAGCCAUGUUGGGUAACAUGAUCGCUGACUCCAUCGGUAUAUUUUCCUUCAGCACGCCCGCAUGUCCAACUGCCACACAAAUGGAAGUGAUUGUUCUUAACUGGUUAGCCCACGCAUUUGGAUUGCCUUCGAAGUUCAUUUAUGGUCCCCACCAUAAUGAGACCAGUGCGUGUGGAGGAGGAAUAUCUGCGAGCAAUUCCAGCGUUGCCGCUUUCAUCAUGGCGAUGGCUAUUCGGAACCAUGCAGCACUACAGAAAGGAUCGGUCACAACUGAUGAAGAUCGACUUUGUGGUCGUGGUCCCGCAGCUUUCGCGAACCGUUCUGUUGUAUACCUGUCGGAUCAGACUAACUGCUCCAUUUCUCGAGCUGCAAAAGUGGCAAUGCUUAAAGUGCGUGUGUUGCAAUCAACGUAUUUGGAUCGCCGGCUGGUUGUCGGUGUGGAUGAGAUACAAAAAGCGAUGAAGGAGGAUCGUGAGAAUGGCUACAUUCCGUUGAUGGUUAAAAGCAUUAUUUAUAUGAAUACUGUGUUUCAGUUUGCAGAUUCAUUUUGCUUCAAUCCACAUAAAACGCUAUUGGUAAACACCAACUGCUGUACUCUUUGGAUUGCUGAUUACAAAAUUUUGACGAACACAAUUGGAAUGGAUCCAGUUGAUUUGCAAACAGCCUUCACGAAAAAGCCAGUGUCCAUGCACCACCAGUUAGCAAUGAAAUUUGCUGAACUGAUCCAAGAGGACAUCCGUUUUGAAGUUGUAAAUGAUGUUCGUUUCGGUUUAGUCUGCUUCAAGUUGAAGGCUGGUGACUGGGCGAAUCAUGAAUUGGUUCAUCUACUUACUGAAGAAAGACUAAUGUGUUUGUCAAUGGGAACAUUGCCCGUAGGCCAAGCAACAGAUAAUGGGAGGUUCUUUCUGAGGUUUGUUUCCAAUCAACAAGCGGAGCUCGACGAUAUGGAGCUAGCAGUGAAGAAUAUCACAAGGCUUGCAUCUCGAGUGCUGCUGGAGAAUCAGGACAGCAAGUAG